AUGUUCUUUUACAUGAGUAAAAGAAUAAAAAGCAUGACACCAAGUUCUUUGUCCCCGCAUUACGCGGCUCAAUCUCCUUCAGGACGUAAACCUGACUUGGUAGCGAAGGAGGUGCUGGAAUGGUGGCAAACCAACGGAAAGCACCCGUUCAUCCAGCCCCACAUCUCGUCACCGAGUAAUGUGGGUGCGAACUCGCCAGAGAACUUACCACUAGGUGAUAAGGUCCAGCUCAUUCGACUACCAGUAGCUUCACCGUCAGCCGUUAAAGAGUUCAGUCAGGUUAGCAGUGAAGAGCCAGCACAUCUCACCACAGAAUUUAGAAUGCGAAUAUUAAAAUGCUUUUUAAAGCAAAAUAACUUGACUUGCACUUUAUACCAAUUUUUACCUGAUCUCAAUAGUUUAGACUGUAAAGAAAAAAAGAAGCCCUCGUAUAAGUUUUGCAAAAUAUUUGAAGCAUUAGCCCAAAUACACCAGGAUUAA